AUGGACUGUCUAGUGUGCGAAGUGCCUGCCGUUCAGACGCAUGCCGCGAGACGAUCGCCUCUACAUUCUCAAGGAUCUCCGCGGAAGCUGUCGUUAAAGAUCGACGCUGCGGAGAACAUGAGACUCAAGCAGGUUCUCUCCCCGGUCCGCACUCUGCGUCUCCUGCGUGUCAUGGCAUUGACGUCACAUCUCCCCACUCCCGAACUGCACAAUAUUUUCUUCACCUGGCUUUGGCUUGAAGAAUUUCACCUUUACAGCUGGGACCGGUUUAUCUUGAACGGGGGACCACUACAAGUGCUGCUCGAGCUCGCGUCCGCGUCGUCUAUCCGCCUGCGACCGGCGUUUGUGUGCGUGUUCGCAGAGUGA